UUGAAAGUUUUGGUUGUAGUACUUAAAAAUUCCCAUCCUGUAAGCUGGGAAUAAAAUAAAUGCAAAAUCAGUUUUCUUUACCUUCAUUCCAACACCUUCAGUAUAAUUGCCCUUUUUAGGAAAUACUGUUCUACAGCCACUGUGAAAGCAACAGGGUUAUGCACUAGGAGAUAAAUGUGGUAAUUAUUUUCUCCCCCGCUACCUUAAUCUUUAAAGGAGUAAAGAGAAGUAAAAAUGCCAUGGAAGUUCCCUUCAGAACCCCUUCAAAAUUAUAACUUCUGGGCCAGACUUCCUGCACCUGUUCCAAGCUGGAUCAGUAUGGUGGCAUCCACAGGGACAUGUUGAAGGUGAGGUUUGCAGCCGGUGCUGGAUGAAUCCUGCCCUGGAACAGCCAGUAGCUGGGUACCAGCUGCAGGGGUAGGGCACUUGGCCCAGCUCGACUCAGGUUUUAAAGCAGGCAUGCCCCACUGAUCUGCGAUUUCUGUAUAUGAGGCCACAGUGUCCAUAUGAGCUUUGUUAUGACGCCAGGAGAAUAAAACAAAUUGCUUAUUUUACCUCUUUUUCAUUGUAGUUCUUUGACUUCUGCAGUUUAUAUGACAAGCCUGUCUACUGGCCUAGGGAGAGAAAGAUUGCUGUGAAGUUCAUGCCACCAUUCAUAAAUAAUUUUUAAUGGAAUGCCUGAAUACACAGUGGAUUUCCAGUUUCAGCAGCAGGUCACACCUAAAUUUGUUUUCCCUGUAUUCUUAGGUCCACAGAUUUUUGAAUGUGAGGCAUAAUCCGACAGAUGUGUCUCUCACUGCCUGGUGACCUGGCAGUUCUUUAUUGACAUGCUGUUUUCUUCACAAGAACAUUUUUAUAACUAUAAAGAUUAUUUUUUGGCAGAACUUUACUUCUCUGACAAGGAUUAUUUCACCGUUCUAUUUUCUGCUUAUGUAUAUAAGCUGCUUAAAUCAAAAACCCAUUCCUGGGUCUGUGGAAAUCAGCAGCUACAUUUCCAGUGGUUUCAGCAGGACAAAGCCAAGGGGGAUUUUUAAUAAGGGAAAAAAAGCAUUCCUCUUUAAUUCCCAUCUGAUCUCAGCUGUCCUUUUAUGCUGUUUUCCUUAAAGAAAAUUCACUUUCUCUUGCAAAAUUUAGUCUAUUAUGCUUUCUUUAAGUGUUUCAUAUGCUCAGGUAAGUCUCUAAGUAAGCUAAAUAUUGUGGACAAGAUGGUAGAAUAGCUAGAAAUACCUUAAUAUCUUGAUUCUGCCAAAAUUUGUCAUACAUUUAUGCUGACAUACCUGAGUAGACCUGUAAAGUUAAGGAUGCUAGUGUUUUACACUGACUGACUGAAAUACAUUUGCUGGGUCCAGAAUAGCUCAAGAUUAAUAGAUCUGUGUGAAGUCUCAAGUUGUGUUAAUUCUUGUGCUUAUUUUUCUGUCUUAAAAAUGGUAAUGGAAAGCCACAGCAAGUGGAUAAAAAAUAGGGCAAAUCAUGGGAAUGUAUCUGAGUAAUCUGUUGUGAGAAACCAAAUCUACACACUUAAAUUUAUAUGGCCUGAUUAUUUUGCUGUCAUAAUCUGUGUGUUUCUAACUAGUUAAACAUUACCGUCUCCAACUAAAAUGCUUUUUUUUGGGGUAGAGCUGGUUUUAAAGUAAUGGUAGCAUAACAUCUACAGCUUCCCACCUGCAUGCCUGGCCCCUGGGAGGCAGGGGGCAGCAUCCUUAGUUAGCAAUUUGCCUCUCAAUGAACUCGGGUUGCUGCGGGUGGAUGGCCCUUCCACACCUCCUCCUGCUCCUCCUCCUCCUCCUCCUGACCUACCCCUGAUCCACUUGCUCACCCAGCUUUCUGUUGAGCACUACAGGAGGAGUUUUCCAUAGCAUGGGAGGGAAGGUUGCCCUGGUUCCUCACCAGGUUUUGGGGGAGAAGCCAGGAUUUGUCCAGGUGUCUCCUGCGCUGCUGGCUGGCCAAGCUGUGAUGAGCUGCAAGGAUGUUGGAGAAGCUAAUCUGCACUACCAAAAUGACAUUGGUUUGGCUGAAUUACUUUAUGGCAUGGCCCUCAGAAGGAGUGAAUGUUCACAGCACAGGUUUCAGCUGACAGGUGCCUUGGGAGGUCAGCUUUGGUAAAUUCACUGGCUUGAUACUUUAGGGGUUUAAAUUCAUUGGGAAGGCAGUGUGAUUCUCUCUUUCCUUGUAGCAAGCGGGGGUCCUCUCUUCUCUCAGGCAUCCGGUGACAGGACAAGAGGAAACGGCCUCAAGCUGUGUCACCCAAUUAUGAACACAGUAUCUGUUACCCUUAAGCACCUUGAUACCUAACCCAGAGAUUUUGCUGUAUGGAUAGAAGACAAAGCUCUCUCUUGCAGAGCUCUGAUUAACUGUCCUGGAAGCAAAAUGGGGGUCUAGCAUGUUUAAAUCUAUAACUUUCAUUUUUUCUGUUGAGAGGUCUUCUUAAUGAGAUGUGUGAAAACUGUACUUUGGAAGUUUGUUUGUUUUUUUUUUGUAAUAAACUAAAAACUGUAUGUGCUGGUAUUUACCAGUGAACUGCUCUGCUCUGGAGAGAACAUAUAUAUAUAUAUAAAGCACUGUUCUGCUUUAUCCUCUUUCCUAAGACGUUCCAAACCACUGGACAUACAGAUUAGUCUCAGCCUGAGUCCGUUCCAUUCAAUGCUGUAAGUGUUCUAUAAUUACAAAUUUUGGUGGGCAGGAAUGUUGUCGGUCUCUCAUGACAGGAAUGCAAUUAAAAGUAACUAAAUAUAUUCAAUAUUUCUGAUUUUGGCAAGUGGACUCUUCCCAUUCUCGACUAAAUUACGUCUGAAGACAUUGGAUGAGAAUAUGGGGGUUGAUGGCUAGGGCAGACAGAAUUUUUCAAGUGUGCAUUGGUUAAGUAAUGGGAAAGGAACUUCUGAAAAUAAUAGAAAUGAGACUGAAAAGUAAUUUUGAGUAACCUCUAAAAUAUUAACAACCCAGACUGCUGUCUUGACUUCAUGGUGGAGUUGAAGCACAUUUAGUUUUGCAGACUCUAUUGCGUGAAAAGAACUGCAGCUGUGACAGCUUGCAGGUGAAGAACAUGUCGGAAGUCUCUUCUGCAGUGUUCUGGCUGUGUAAGUAUUAAGGCUGUACAGGUAUUAAGCGUGUUUGGGAGAUUUGUUUUUUCCUUCCAGAUGUAAAUUUCAUAAUUGAAACCAGCAGGAGGUUCUGAGCAAGUAGGGCUGAACAGUCAUGGUGGCACAGUAGUAACUUCCUUGUAUUAGUGUCAGAGUUGUAGAGUUGAAAUCUUAAUGUAAAAAUGGUACCAGAAAUCAAAAUUCUAAUGGCAAUCCUGACUUAGUCUCCUUAAACAUGAUAUAAUGCUGCUCAUAUUUGAUUCUCUGGCUAUGUGGCACAGUAUUUGAGAGCAUAAGCACCACUGGAAUUAAGCUAACAUUUUAAAACACAACUUUCGUGCAUCCUGGGUUCCACUGGUUGCUAAGUGAACCAUGUGUCUGGGGUGUGGGAGAAGAGGCCAAAUAUUCCAUUCAACUUGUAGAAACUGUAAGGAGAGCAGUAAGAAGGUUCAGAGCAAGGUUCAGACUUCAUUUGACUUUGCAGCUCAUUGGCCAGUUUUUGGAGGUACUAAGCUUUCAGACUUCAACAGAGUACUCAAAUGUGUGCCUUCCUUUUGGCCGGUGACUGCUAAUCAAACCAGAGUAUCAGGAAGGAAGCCAAGCCUUUGGUUACCAGUCAGUCCUAGGAAUUUACUUUCUUCACCUCACUUUAAAACUUCUGAAUCAAUUAUUGUGCGCAAAUUUUUAAGCUGUGCUUGUUCAAAAUAAUUUCUAUUUUUUUUAUCUUUUCUUAUCCUGUAACAAUAAUACAUGUCAAUGGAAAUGUAUGUGUGGCUUUCUGGUUGAGUUUUAGUUUUUCCUAGAUGUGUACAGACUGGCUAUUUCAAGUUACAUGUUUUUUCCACUCCGGUUGUCAGCUAAGAAUUAUUAAAUCCCUGGGAGAGUUGAGAGUGUUUUUGAAGGAUUUGAUGAGCUUCCAGUGCCUGAUGCUUGCCACAUUGUUGUACUGGAACCAGAUGUUGGGUACCACAUGUUUGUGUUUUUGGACCUAAGUAGGUUAGGUACUGUGUCUCUGGCUCAUAAAACCAAGCAUCAGUUUCACACCCUAAAGCUGUCAUCCCUGGGUCAUCAUCCUCACAGUCCUGGCCUUGGCAACAGCUUGCAUCAGCAUCCCCAGUUAUGAAACCAGCACUGGCUUUUCUGGAUCUUCCUACUUCAUUUCUUCUGUAUUCUCUCAAAGAAAAGACCUUCUGACACUAUUUACCCAUGAGGACUCUUGAGUGUGUGAGGUCAGAAGGAGAUUUUUGAGCACUGCUCUUCGUGAGGAUGCACAUGAGCAGUCAGUCCAAUGCACAAACUCUCCCCGUGGCUGCCGGGAACUUGCUUUUCUCUUUCUCUCCUGUUAGGUUCUGAGUUCUGUUCCGCACACUUGGACCUUUUUAAGUUGGGUUUGUCUUUUAUCCAUUUCUAAUACACCUUGUUAUGUAUAGCUUCCGUUAUCCUCCCUGCCAAAGUUAAAAAGGAAGAUACUCUGUCUUGUUGCUUUCAUCACCUGAAAUUCAUACUGAAAAAAAAAAAAAAGCUGCUUUACUGUAGCUGUUACCUACUAUUUGGAUUGGCCAAGUCAAAUAUUAAGUACUUUUCUCAUAAUUGGACAAACUGGUUUUCAGCAAAGUGCAAAGUAUAUUACAGACCUUGCUAACAAAGGAAAGAUUUAGUUUUAGGUUUUUUAGUGCAAUUAAGAUUUCUUUUGCAUUGCCUUGGAAUUAGCCUGGACUUGAUUUUCAGUGAUGGAACUGUACCUCCGCUGAGCACACAUAACUGAUUUUGCAAGAGGAAGACUAAUACAAAAUUUCCAUUUCUAUUUUCAGGUUUUAGUUACUUUAUCCCUUUGUUUUCUGCCACUGUUGUAAUAUGGCAAGAUAAUUUCUGAGCACUAACUUUUUCUUUUUUUCUCCGAAGAGUAAUUUCAGUUGAGUAGCACCCUACUGAGACUAAUGUGGUGAGAAACCAGUUGGCUGUGCUGUGUUCAGUUUUCAUUUGCCUCUCUCUAUAAAAAUUUAAAAAUACUCCUCCUACAGGAAAUGUUUUCAGUUCUGUUAUGUCUUUUGCUUCCCAUAGGAGGUAUUCCUUUUAAUUUAUUGAAUAAACCCAUAAAAAUUUUGGCACAAUAGGGUCUUUGGGCAAGCUGUUUAAGAGAUCUCACCAUCUUCCGUUUUUAGAAGAUGUGCAAUUGUUUCUUUACACAGUGCUAUGAGGCUCUGGGGCCAGCUAACAAUUAUGUGAAAUGGGAGAAUUUGAAGCUAAAGAAUGUGAAUUGACACAUCUGCUAUCACUUCUCAAAUACUGUUAUUUUGAUUGUUCGUAUUUCAUAUUUAUCCUUCCUAAACCAUAAUCAAUCUCUUUUCUCUUUCCCCUGUCUUCAAUCUUAAAAGGAUUCUGGGUAAUAUUUUGCUCUCAAUCUCAUCACCACAAUUCCUUUUGUAAGUGUAUGUGUGUAUAGGAAGGUUAAAUCCUUGUAACAUCCUGGUUGGAAAUCAGCUCUAUUUAACUGUUAAUUUAAUUUGGUGACAGUGCAGACUACUAUUUGAAAGGGGUGGUGGGGAAAGAGAGAUUGGGAUAAAUUACAUUUUCAUACUCCAAAAUAAGACCCUAUCUACUCUAUCAUAAAUUAGAAAAAUAUGGUUGAGUUUUCUUGUGGCUGUUUCGUAACAUUCCUACUGACAAAAUAUGGCGUGCCUCUUGCUCAUUGCUUCACUACUGUUUCUCAAGCAUGUGUUUGUGUCUGCAUCCAGUGACAGCUUUUGUUCCAGCACACUGCAGGGAUGCGUCUUGUAGGUCUUCAGAAGGGGGCAGUGGACUCAGAAAUACAGAGUGGGCUCUUCCAGGGAGUGGGUACCAAACCACAGCAAGCCAGGAGAAUGAGGCAGACAGUUACUGAAAUAGACACAAUUAGAAGUUUUACAUAUUUCAGAGAUAAAGGACCUUAAUUCUAUAUUCACUAAAGGAAUGCAAUGUAAUUGGCAGCCAACAUAUAUGGAGGGUUUUAAAGAAACUUUUUAGCAUAAUAGUUAGUAAGAUUUACAUUGGCAAAUUUACAUAUUUUAAGUUGCUGGCGCACUGUCCACAAUGAUUCUCAGUGCUUUUCUCUUCUUGAGGUAUGAGCACAUAUGAUUUCCUUGCUCUGCCAAGGCUGAGAUGGAACCUUUCUGUUUCAUAAACCUCUCCUGAACAGAGGCAGAGUGAAUGUAACAGAUAAACACACUCUUCUUUCUUGGAGUAAAUUUUGUAACAGAGCCUCCCGCCUGUUUUUUAGCCCAAAUGCAGGUAAAUUACACCACCUCAUGUGGACCAGAAGAAAAGAAGUUAACCUAACUUAUUUUGUGAGCUGUGGAAGGUGUGUAAUGUGGAGAGCAGGAUACCUGCAUACUGCUUGAGCAGAAAGGUAACAGGCAGGUCAAGGGAAGUGACUUCACCCCUGUGAGGCCCUAUCUGGACUCUUUGUGCGAGGGACAUGUUGACAAACUGGAGCAAACGGAGUGGAGGGCCAUCAGGACAGUUAAAGGAUGAGCGUGCUUAGUGCAUGAGAAAAGGAUGAGGUUUGUUUCAGCCUGCAGAAGAAUCAAGGGGGAAUGAAAAUCCCCUUUUACUACCUACAUAGGGACUAAGGAGAAGGUGCAGCUGGAUAUUGUCAGUUGCACAAUGACAGUCACAAGUUGCAGCAAGAGGAAUUUUGAGUAGAUCUAAGUAAAAAACCAUUCACAGCAGGAGUGGUUAACUAUUGAGAUGGGUUCCCCAGAGAGGCUGUGGAAUCUCGGUUCCCGGAAAUUUUCAGCCCUUGACAGGUCAAGGCCCAAAGGAUUCUAUCAAAUUUUGAAGAUGAGACCCAGCUUAGAGUAGAAGAUUGGACCAGAUGACCUGUACAGCUCCCUUCUGACCUAAUAUUUUCUGUGAUUUUGUGAUUCCCGAGUAUCAUUUCUUUCCACAGUAGAAUGAAAACUGCUGUUCUCCCUUGUGCUGCAACAUACUUUCGAUGGGACAAAAGUUGCUGAGUUGUAGAAAUUAUGAUGCUCUCCAGCACCAGCAUUGGAAGCAGGCUUGUAGGAAGAGUAAUUUCUUUCAUUCAAUCAUUCUCCAAAGCUGUUGGUGUGUUUCUACUCUGUGAGGCAUAUCCUUACUCUUACUCCUAAUCUGCUGGUGUCUUAUAAAUGCAGAGAAAGCCAGGAUAGCUCUUUAAAGAUGUCAGUAAAAUUCAAAACAAACCUUUCUGAAAUUCAAGUGUUUUGCAGAGGCACAUAGACAGUGCCCUAGCAGAACUUCAGCAGGGAUUUGGCAGGGAACUUUCAGUAACUACUUCCCAGGCUUCCUGCCAUCUCAUUUAACCAAGCCAACCUGCUUCUUCCAGCACCAGGGAGCCCAGGGCUAAGAAGGGCUUACACCUUUAUGACAGCGUGUUGUUAGGACAGACUUGUUCUGACAUUGAGCUUUGUCUGUUUUUGUGGGUUGUUUAUGUUUAAAAAUAUCGAACAUUUGGCAGAACACCAUUAAAUUUUCCUACCAUUUCAUGGUAGUUCAAUGUGCUCGUGACAGGCCGAUGAACUUCAGUUCAAUGCCUGUAAUAAAAUGAUAGUACAGAAGCAUUGCUGUCAAUUUAGCUUUUCUAACUUUCAUUUUGGUCAUCCUGCAUUACAAAGGUAAAAAUAAUCUAUGAGAGAAAUGGAAGAAGGAAAAAAAAAAAAAGAAGAGGUAUGCAAGAAGGAAAGGAUAUCUCCUGCCGAGCUUUGAGCUGGGAAUUGCAUCAGAUACACAGAAAAAUAGGUGUGGCAGUGUGACUGUUCAGGAUUUGCCUAUAUUGUCUUACACAGCAAGAGUUUAACCUGAUACUGACCUUGCGAUUUAUGAGCUUAAGGGUACAGUUAUGUAACUGGGAUCAGUCAAAGCUAAACUGAACUGGAAUAGGCAGAUGGGGCCACACAGCCUGGAAAAAGCUGGUACCAAAUUGGCUUGCUGAAAUAAAUGCUUCCAUUCUGCUAUUUAAAAGGUCAUAAUUUGCUGCUGUUUACAGUGCAGCAGUGGGCUUUUUUGAGCUUCUGAAGCAUGUUGAUCAAUAUCAGACCUGUGUGUCUUUUUCUUGCUCUUGAGAAGUUAUUUUGGCAAGUCUUCAUUUAGCUGCCAGAGGUUUUGUCAAGCAGGUGCAGCCUCCAGCAUCGAAUAUGAAAAUGGGAUGACAGUAGGAUCUUGCCCACAGUAAAACAAAGCUUUGAUAGCUUGGACUCAUAAGUGUUUGCAGUCUUGGGUGAUUUCACUUGGAACAGCAUGUCAGGGCGCAGCGUUCGGCUGAAGUCAGUUCCCGUUCAAAGCCUCUCGGAGCUGGAGCGUGCUCGGCUGCAGGAAGUGGCUUUUUAUCAGUUGCAGCAGGACUGUGACCUGGGCUGUCAGAUUACUAUCCCCAAAGAUGGACAAAAGAGGAAGAAGUCAUUAAGAAAGAAACUGGACUCUUUAGGAAAGGAGAAGAACAGAGACAAAGAAUUUAUUCCCCAGGCUUUUGGAAUGCCUUUGUCUCAAGUGAUUGCUAAUGACCGGGCCUACAAACUCAAGCAAGACUCUCAGAGGGAAGAGCAAAAAGAUGUUUCAGAUUUUGUGGCCUUUCUCUUGCCAUUUGGAACUAAAAGACAGAACAAAGAACUUUCCAGCAGUAACUCAUCUCUCAGCUCCACCUCAGAAACGCCGAAUGAAUCCACUUCUCCUAACACACCUGAGCCAGCGCCACGAGCGAGGAGGCGUGGCGCGAUGUCUGUGGACUCUAUCACAGAUCUUGAUGACAAUCACUCAAGAUUGUUGGAGGCUCUCCAGCUCUCUUUACCAGCAGAAGCCCAGAGCAAGAAAGAAAAGGCAAGAGAUAAGAAGCUAAGCCUGAACCCUAUUUACAGGCAGGUUCCCCGGCUUGUAGAUAGUUGCUGCCAGCACUUGGAAAAGCAUGGUCUCCAGACAGUAGGAAUAUUCAGAGUUGGAAGCUCAAAAAAGAGAGUAAGACAGUUACGUGAAGAGUUUGACCGAGGCGUAGAUGUUGUAUUAGAUGAAGAGCACAGCAUUCAUGAUGUUGCUGCCUUGUUAAAGGAAUUUCUGCGUGACAUGCCUGACCCACUUCUCACCAGAGAGCUCUAUACACCUUUCAUCAACACUCUCUUAUUAGAGCCAGAUGAGCAGCUCAGCACCUUACAGCUUCUCAUUUAUCUUCUACCUCCUUGUAACUGCGAUACCCUUCACCGCCUGCUGCAGUUCCUCUCCACAGUAGCUGGCCAUGCAGAAGACACCAGAGACAAGGAUGGCCAAGAGAUUACUGGGAACAAAAUGACAUCGCUUAACCUGGCCACCAUCUUUGGCCCUAACUUGUUGCACAAGCAGAAAUCUACAGACAAAGAAUUCUCAGUUCAGAGCUCAGCUCGAGCUGAAGAGAGUACUGCUAUCAUAGCUGUUGUGCAAAAGAUGAUUGAAAACUAUGAAACUCUUUUCAUGGUUUCCCCUGAUUUACAGAAUGAAGUGCUUAUUAGCUUAUUAGAGACUGACCCAGAUGUUGUAGACUAUUUGCUGAGGAGGAAAGCUUCCCAGUCAUCGAGCCCUGAGAUACUGCGGUCAGAAGGUUCCUACUCCACAGGAGAAAGACAUUCUUCCACAGACUCCAACAAAGCUUCCAGUGGUGAUGUGUCCCCUUACGACAACAACUCCCCGGUGCUGUCUGAGCGCUCGCUGGUGGCAAUGCCAGAAGAAGUUGCCCACAGCCCAGAUAAGCUGUACAAGGUACCUGAGCAGUACACGCUGGUUGGACACUUGCAAACUAAGCCAAAGGAGAAUUCUUCUGCAUCACAGGCUGGAAAAGAUGUUUCUGAAGAUCAUUUUGAUAUCUGGGGCACUUGGCAUUCAACGCUGAAAAGUGGCUGCAAAGAUCCAGUAAUCACAGGUUCAUACGGGAACAUUUAUGAAAGCAGCUCGCUGCGCCCCGGACAGUGCUCCCUUUCCCAGGGGAACCUCGCCCCGUGUUCCCCACGAUGGCAGGGCAGCUCCUCGGAACCGGACGGUGGCAGGCAGGUGAUGCGGAGGAGCCAGACGACAGCUGCCAUUCCCGAGUGCCAGCUCCAGCCCGUGGCGUCUCGGCUGUGCAGUCACCCCCACAGAGAAGGCGGCUGCAGGAGUUCGGAGCUGUCCCACUCCAAGUCGGAGCAGCGCUUGACUUUAAGCAGUGCGGAGGACCUCAGCGAGCGCGACUCGAGCGCGGGCUGUUUGCAAAGCGCAGCCAAGCCCUCCUACGGGAAAGAGCGGCCGCCACCCCCUUACCCAGGCCCAGCAAAAACAAGCUCUAGUGUUUCUUCAACGCUGCACUCUUUCUGGAGACUUCAACGCCCAGAAAAAAGUUCGGGGCUGAGGGCAGCUGGAGGGCCCCCAGGCAGAGCCCCUGACCAGGCCACCUCCAGGCAGGAGCAGCCGGCCCCGCACACACAAGCGGGUCACAGCUAUUCCACAGCACCUCACAGCCAGAACAGUAAAAGUGUUUCAGAGGCGGACUGGAAUGAGUGGCAGAGGGAGAGGUGGCAGAUCUGGGAGCUGUUAUCAGCUGAUAACCCUGAUUCCCUCCCAGAAACCCUUGUAUGAUCUGACUGUGGAGCUGCCGCUCGUACCCAUGCCUCUGUCUCAUAGGAAAACAAUGGUGACAUUGGAAAACGGGGGGGGCUUGUUUGUUUUAUACCAACUCAAUUGCAUAUACUUUUUUAAAACUUCGUUCACUUUAAUUUCUCAACAGCACUGUCAAGCAGUUAAUUUGUAACUACAGUAUGUUCCUGUUUUUCAGCAAGCUUUUGAGAAAAAACAAGGUGAAAACUUUAGUGUAACAACUUUGUAUUCAUAUGCUGUGUAUAAGAUAAAACUGUUGCUUUGAUGUUGCUAAAAAUGUAUUUAUAUAUCUGCAGUUUUGAUGAUUGUAUAUUCUGUAAUGGGUAUUGUAUGAUAAUCAUGUUAUGUUUUCAUAUACAGAUGUCAAUCAAUUGUGACUGCUUUUUAAAAAAAAAUCACUGCACUUACAUUACCAUGAUAUGCAUUGGAAUUCUAUAGAAAGUGCACAAGCUGGUUUCUGUGCUUAUAUAUAUAUAUUAAAAAAAAAGCUGUUAAAGGGUAAAGUUGUACUUCUUUUCACUGCCUUUUGAAAAACACUAAAAUAAAGUGGAACAUGAAAAGCCAUAUAUUUUAUAAGGGUAGUAGUGAGCUUAGAGGGGGAAAUACAAAAUAUUUUUUUCUUAUACAUGUGUUUGCAAAAAACUUUAAGAUUUGAUACAAGAUUAUAAAAGUAUUUUUUUAGGUUCUGAUAGGAAGCAGCUCAGAGAAUCUAAGAGCAACAUUGUGCCUAAACCAACGAAGUAUGUAGUGCGAAGUCUGCCCUCCCAUUCUAAAGGAAAACCAAUGUUAUAUAUGCAGGAUAUAAUAUAUAUAUUUAUAAAUGUAUGAUUUUAUGUAUUCUUUUAAAACAAUAAACUGGAAUCCAAAUUUUAGAAAACCAAACCUAAUAAAUUGAGAUGCGUAACACUGAGAAAGAAUAUGGCUUUUCCUUUGAAAGAACAAAGCUCCAGCAUUAAGAAAGCUAGAGAAAAGAAAAAAAUGCAGACAGGCACUUGAAAGGGAGUGAAUUAGAGUUUCAGGAAUGAACAUGACAUUUGGAGAAGCUCACAACUGUGUUUCCAUAAAUAUUGUGCCAAAGUCGGGGUCAGUUGCACUUCCUCGGUAGCUGUACGUUGCGUUGUGUUCAAUGUUGCUGUUUUGUACUCGUUGUUUUUCAGCUGCAGAGCCGUCUGUGGGCAGCGGGUGGCAAUGUACUGCAGCGUUCCAGAGAAAGUCCUUCUUAGCACUCCGUAAGGGAAAGUGUAUUGUGUCAAAAGAAUUCCAUAAAAGAUAUUAAUCUUAAUUUUAAUGAAGUUGAAGACUUACUCAGUGAUGCUGUCUUUAUGUUCUAUCCUGUGUCGUAAUGAUGCAAUAAAAAGCUAAGUAAAACAA